AUGAGCGCGGAAAGUAGUACAUUGUCUCAUAAGGUUGAUGAUUUCAAUAAAAUUGUAUCAAAGCUGGAUUCAUUAGAGAACCAAAUUACUUCGAUCGCUAGCGGUCUCAUCAACACAGGAUCCAAGUCUAACUUCUCAAGCAAAAUCAAAAAAAAUCGCCAGGGGAAAUAUCGAAGAAAGAGGAAGAAAAAUUUAAGGUUAGCGUGUGCUAGACAACGUGUCAGCUCUUUGGACUUAUUAGCUAAUGCUGUUCUGCAAGCCAAUAGUGACUCAAAUGCGAAUACACCAGAAUCGAAGGAGAGUAAUAGUGCAUUAGCACUAGAUGGAUUUUCAAACGUAUUAAAAUCUCCAAACUAUUCUACUCUAUCAACUACAGGUGACUUUGGGGUUAUCUCAUCUUACGCGAUACUUUCACCAAGGGGCCUUGAAUGGGUGAGGUCUAAAAGUAUGAAUUCUGAUAUAGAAAUCAGGUACCUGACAUCAUGGUAUACCCAUUUUGUGAAAAACAGAAGUACUGGAAAGUCGUUAUCUAUUCCUUCAGCACAAAAACCGUUGCCAGAUAUCUCAAUUAUGGAAGAGCUAAUGAGUAUAUUCAAAAGAUCAGGUCUGGAAAGCAUCGCCUUCAUUGGCAGCAAUGACGUAAGUUGUAUUUUUGAGAAUCUGAAGCGCGAGGGCCUAUCACAUUUGAGACCGGCGCAAAACCUCGUAGUGAAUGUUAUCUUUGCGUUGACUUGCAAUGUCCAACUUCAUUGCUGUAGUCUUGCUGAUCGGCAUAUAUCUAACCCGGAACUUAGAAGUGAGAAAGUUUUACGAGACUUGGAGGAUUUGUUCAUUUCCAAUUCUCUUUAUCACUAUCAUAGGCUAUGCGUUGUACCUGAAGGUAUUGAUUCGGUGCAGGCAAUGCUUGCCCUAAUUGCGUACACGGAUUUUUCAGGUGCAUUACAGGCUUCUUUUAUGAUUGUGUCGCUAGCUGUGAGAUUAGCUCAGGACUUUGGCUUACACACCGAGCUAUCAUACCAGGGGCUUAAACAGGAUGAAGUUGUUAAAAGAAGGAAGCUCUGGUGGAUUUGUCGUCAUUACGACCAGAAGCUUGCCAUAAUUUUAGGAAGGCCACCUAUCAUUGCCGAUUAUGAUACUACAACUCAUUUUCCUCGCUUUAACAAGUGCUUUGAGCUACUAUCUGAUGUUAUUUUGGGUUCAUCCACCGAACCAAGAGAAUACGAAACCUCUUUUGCCAAUAGCUUUUUCGAACUUGUUGUCAAGACUGCUGGUUUCUCCACUUUUAUAGGCUUUUACUUCAGCAGAUUAACCAGAAUAACAUCGCAAAUAUAUACCAAGCUCUAUGCUGUGCCUACUACGGUCAACUUGUCAAAGCAAUUAUCAAACGCAAAAGAUUUGCUUGAUGAUUUGAAAACGUUCCAGCUGUCUCUUCCGCAGGGCAUGCGUCCAUAUGACAAUUUUGAUGCGUUAGCCCUUCCUGCUUUUUUAGAAAAAAACGAAGUCCCCCCUGGUAUGCGAAUGCACUUGAUAUGCAAUAUUCAUUUUACCUAUUACGUGAGUUUGAUGUUAGUACAGAGAGCCUUUUUCAAAAUCCAAGCUUUUAUGAAGGGAUCAGGCAGGAGUGAUAUCACCCCCGUAUGCAAAAGUAUUCAUACGGCCCGUGAAGUCCUUAAAUUAGCUCACGAACUUUACAAUCUAGAAUUAGAUGGGUUUUAUAGACCAUUCCAGUGGUCCAUAACGCUUGCUUUCUUUGAAAUUUUUGUUUACUCUCUUUCCAUGCAGCAUGAUCAAUAUGAAUUUGAAAAAGACAUAAAGCUUAUGGCCAGAUUUUAUUGGAAAUUCAAAACUGGAAUCGGGCUCUCGUCUCGUGAAGAGGAUAAACACAUCUAUGAGCCUCAAUGUCAAGACGAAUCACAGGUGUUAACAACUAGCUUUCCAUUCAGCAAUUUCAAAUUCAUGAUAAACCUUCUAAAAAAUACUUUUGAAACUAGAUACUCAGCAUGCGUGAGCCUCAGCGAAGAUGUGCUUGAAUGUUUAAAAUAUGCUAAUCAGAAGGAAGAUGGUUCGCAAAACGUUGAAAUUCAGAGCAAUAUCUUGAAUUCUCAUAAUGCGCUUAGUUUAAGCUUCUACGACGGCAAGUUUGCUUCCAGAUAA